AUGGCACAAUUUCUAGUUUUCAUCGCCUUCUUCUGCAUUUUACUUGUUAAUGCAUCUUAUGGAUUAAUUGUCGAUGAAAAUUCUGUAUCAGUUGCAUCAACUAAUCCUACUCUUGCUGAAGAACAAGAAUUUAUUCAGUUGACUGGUAAGACGGGUCCAGAUGAAGCAGCAACUUGUGGACAACUCAUAGAAUCUCGAGGGUUUGAAUACGAGGCUCAUUAUGUGACAACAGAAGAUGGUUAUAUCCUUCAAAAUUUCCGAAUCAUUAAUCGUUAUGCAAGAGAAUCUGGAAAAAAACUCAAACCAAUCUUGUUAUUACAUCCACUAUUCGGAUCGUGUUCAGUCUGGAUGUUCAAUUCACCUGGUGGACACAUAAAGCCAUGGAUAAAUGGUCAUCCACCAGAAGACAAUUCAGCUGAGCUUGCUUUCUUGUUGGCCAACUUGGGCUAUGAUGUUUGGAUGAUUAAUGUUAGAGGAACAUCUUAUUCAACUAAUCACACACAUCUCAAUCCUAAAGAUCCUGAAUUUUGGGAUUACAGUUUCUACGAAAUUGGAAUUUACGAUGUUACAGCAACAGUUGAAUACAUCAAAAAGGAAACUGGAUUUGGUGAGUUUUUCUCGCAACUAACCUAUGCGGAAAAACUUUAG